AUGACGAAGACAUCAAUCUUUCUGGUUGUUCUUGCAGUUGCGGCAAUUAUGCCCGACAACAUGUUUGUAAAUGGUGCCAUCCCACCAAUCAAGCAAGACUCCUUCAAAGAGUUCCACAUCGUCAAGAACGUGGACGAUUCUCAAGAAGUGACUCUGGAUUCCCACACUUGUCAGUUCACCUACAGGGCGAUGAACUCCGCCCAUGGCGAGCUUUGGAGGAUCGAGAUGCAGCACGAUCACGGACAGUACACUUGCAUCAUAGAGGAUCAAGACAAGAACCCUCCUCACGCCUCCUUCCUCGGAUUCUCCGCUCAUCUGGUCGGAGCGAAAGACAACACCUUGUUGAUGCACGAAGUUUGGAACCACCAGGGAGUCUUGCUGGAGUCUGACGGAUACAUCGAGGAGGGCAACUCGGUUCGGAGUGAUUCCCACUGGAACUUGGGUGGGUUGAGCCGCAUCGUGAUCAAGGGGCGGAUCCUCCUCGACCUGGUGGAGGAUCUUGACAGAGACGGAAGUUUCGUGGAGAUAGGGAGCGAUAGAGGAGAGGGCAGCACGGCGUUCUUGUGGAGCCUGUCGUCUCAACUGGGGUCAGACUUCUUCUCUGUGGACUUUUCUCAGGAGGGAUACGAGAACGCAAGACGUGUGUGCAGCGAGUGUGCUCAUCGUGAGCUCGGAGAGCAGUUUCUCAAAGAAAAUUUCCCCAACCUCUCCAACUUCGGGCGAGUUUCCUUUGCCUACCUGGACAACUACGAUUGGAUCUGGGCAGGAGAGCACCCGGACAGCUACAAGCAUGUGUAUCCUACCAUGAUCUCCGAUCAUGAUCUCAGCCAGUACAAGUUCAAGAUGAGGAAGGAGUACGAGCAGCAGGGGCUGACGCUUAACAACCAGAAGUCCCAGGAAGCGCAUCUGGAGCAAGCCAAGGUCGUCGAUAGACUCUGCACUGAUCGUUGCAUCAUCCUCUUCGACGACACUUUCCAGAUCGGAGGAGGUCGAUACAGCGGUAAAGGAGGAGCCGCGCUCCGCUACUUGUUAGAAGGCAAUCGUUUCGAGGUCAUCAUGCAGUCCAGCCCGAGCGCUCCUUCCUACGAUGGCUUCGUCAUGGUACGCAAGCUCGCAGUCUCGGACGAAGGCGGCCCAGAGCCUCGCCCUCAGUCGGAGGCGGACGCGAACGGCAGCUCUGCCCGUGAUAGCGUCCCGCAGCUACAGCUGUUGUCACCAGGAGACAGGUCAGGGGUCAGCUGCUGUGCAGCACAGGUUGUGGUGGAGAUGACUGGAGCGGUUCAAGACUGGCACACACUGGUGGUUUACGUGGACUACCUAGAGACGUUCAGGAAGAUAGACUGGAGUGAGGAGCAGAUGCGAGGGACGGGAGAAAAGGUCAAGUUCGAGGUGUUCUACGAUGAGCGGAAGCAUAAGGACAAACCGGUCACAGUUAGCUUUCACAUCGUCAUGCCCUGCGCAGAGGUAUGA